CUUACGAGAAACAUGAAUCUCCAUACUUCAUUCUUUCGUUAUUUUCAUUUCCUAUCUCUAUCCAAUUUUCAGCAUCUCGAGUUGGGACAUUUUUCAAUUCGUCAUGUUGGAGCAAGCCUGGGUUAGGCUUACCAUAGCCUUUACGUUAAUCGGGGUUUUCUUGCUUCAGCAACAACAUCAGUCCCAAUUUGGUCAACAAGAUCCGUACCGAUGCCGGGCCCUCUUGCACGACGGUGCGUGGUCACCUGCGGCUUCAGACGGCCCUAUGAAGUGGGAACCCAAGAACUGUCGAAUGGGCGAAUAUCCAAGAGAUGCUCUCCGUACUUGCUUAAAAACCCGAAAGGCUGUUUUCGUGGGAGACUCUACUAUUCGUCAGGUCUUCUGGGCUGCCGCGAAAAGACUCGAACUGCGCCAAAUGAGGGUUGCGAUCGGGAAUUCAACCGACUUGGAACGGGAGCAUCAAAGUGUAUCAUUCGAGGGCAAAGGCGUAAAACUCGACUUCAUCUGGGACCCCUGGCUGAAUUCCAGCAAACUAGAGAAGACAUUGAAAAAUUUCCACACUUCGCCUACACCCCCAAAUGAGUUCACAAUCAGGAAGGAAGACGACGAGUCUCCUGCUCUGAUCCUCGUAGGUGCACCAGGACUCUGGGCCGCUCGAUACGGCGGGGAUGAUUAUCUAGACAUAUUCAAACGCGGAAUCAAUCGCAUUAAGCCAUACAUAUCGGACGCGUUCGAAGAAAACAUGCGUUGGGGUUUUGAUUUCGGACCUGGUGAUCUUGCCAACCACGUUUUGCUAGCUCCCGUUCAGGUUCCGGAGUAUGAACAUCUGUCUCCUAGCCGACACGAAACCAUCACGGCAUCACGAAUCAGGAAGAUGAACGACUACCUUUCAGGCCUCUCGCAAAACCAGUCAUCGCAUAUACCUUGGGUGUAUAAUAAAUUGUCAGUCGGCUCGGGGAAUGACUUCACCACGGACGGAUUACAUGUUUCAGACAGCAUAGCGGCACACAAGCUUGACAUCGCCAUUAAUGCGCAUUGUAACGCCCUCAGUAGCCAUAUCCGCACUUUCAAGGGUACCUGCUGUAUUUCUAAUUAUCGGAACAAAAUUUUUAAUUUGGCGUGGGAGAUAGCGGCAUUCAUAGGACUUGCUUCGAUUGUCAUCGAACUUACCGUGGGCGUGUCCCUGAUUGAACAUGAGAUUAUCAACGCGGCCAAAGUUAUUGUCGCUAUCGGCUUAUGGGCUUAUUACUGUGACAGGACUACCUUUUUCGGCAAACUGGAACGUCACUAUGAACCUGUUGAGUUCAUUGUCAUGUGCCUUUUAUGGCUGGUGGUCAGCAUCUUCUCGAUGAAAAGAAUUCCCAAGCCAACAGACUUGCCAGAAAGAUCGGUGGCAAGGCUCAGGCAAGAACGCAAUCCGGAUCCACCAGGCUAUGGCCCAGGCUAUCUAUCGAGGGAACAUUGCCUUGAAAUCAAAGGGUUGAUGCAGGGGUUCAUUCUACUCUACCAUUACCACUACGCAUCUCAGGCGCUAUGGGUGUACAAGAUCAUUCGAGUAUUCAUAUCCGGCUACUUCUUCCUUACUGCGUACGGCCACACGCUAUACUUCCUCAGGACAAAUGAUUACUCUUUUAGGCGUGUCUCAGCUAUCCUAUUUCGCUUAAACCUGCUAAGUGCUCUCUUACCGUAUGCCAUGGACACCGACUAUAGCUUGUACUAUUUCGCCCCAGUCAUCACAUUCUGGUACCUCGUUUUAUACGCAAUGCUCCGCUUCUUCCGAGGAUACAACAAUGAACUGCCUUGGUUGAUCGCGAAAGUGAUAGCGACAGCUAUGAUGACCGCUAUAUUCAUAUCAAAACACGGAGUCCUCGAAUCUGCCGCUAGGCUCUCACACGUUUAUCUCAACGUAAACUGGAACGCCAGGGAAAUGCGCUUCAGGCUACAACUAGACCGGUACAUCAUCUUCGUCGGGGUAAUCGUAGGGGCGCUCGUCCACAAAGCCCGAUCGCGCCCCAUUCUCCCCACCGACAACGGCAGACGCCCUCUAGAUCGAAGGCUCGUGACCAUCGUCUGCACCGCGAACAUCAUGAACUUCUUCUACUUCAUCCAGCACACGCUACACAAGAAAGCGAACUACAACAAGAUCCACCCCUUCAUAUCCUUCAUCCCGAUCCUCUCCUUCAUCGUCCUCCGCAGCUCGAUCCCCAGGCUGAGGCACGUGUACCUCCGGCUGCCGGCGCUGCUGGGCCAGAUGUCGCUCGAGACGUACGUGCUGCAGUACCACGUCUGGCUCGCGGCCAACGCGACGGCGAAGCACACGUUCGGGCUCUGGGACGACGUGUAGGGACGGCGUCUCGAGGCUGUGCUGUUCACCGUGGCGUUUGUCGGCCUCGCCAUGACGGCGCAUUGGGCCACGGACUUCCUCGCGCGCAAUUUAUCGAGGGGCUGGAUGUUCUUUUUGGUCUGGCAUAUGUGGGUGUACAAUAUGCGCGAGAGGUGGUUUUAUCCGAUCUUGUACGGGCUGAGCUGGGUCGGCGCUGCUUGUUUUGCGGCUGUGAUCAUCACUCACUGAGGUAGGUAGCUGCACUUUGCUGCUUGGGAUUAGGAUGGGAUGGGUUGAUUGGUUUGGGGGUGAGGAACGGAAGCGUCGUUGCGGUUAGAUAAGCGUUUAUUAGCGAGGUAUGUUAUGACGAUCCCUUUUUCAUUAGAAACUGAGAAUUUUUGUUGGUGCACCUUGUUGACGAGUUUCCUUCGAACUGCUUCAUAUUAUUACAGAGGUAGGAGGGUGUCAUCAUGAAUUAAUGUGCAUUCAUACCUACUCAUCGUCAACUCAUUGACCUAUUUGAUACUUCUUAGGAUCGAAAUGCCAAGUCACA